UCUAUGUACUUUCACCCUCUAGCUAAUCACGUGCUGUGCGCAGACAGAAGGAGGUAUUCUCCCGGCGUGCUCUUGGUCUCUUGACGUCAUCACGGUGCGCUUUACGGUGACAGGGUGCAAGGUGACCGCUCUGCUGUAUCCCGGGAGAGCUAAAAAUAGUGCAUCACCAUGAUCCUUCAAAGAUUAUUCCACUUUUCUUCUGUCUUCCGUUCAUCUGUUUCUGUGCAUCUGCGAAGGAAUAUCGGUCUCACAGCCAUCGCGUUUAACAAAGCUAAAGAGCUUGACCCAGUUCAGAAACUCUUUGUGGACAAAAUCAGAGAAUACUCUUUGAAAAGCGAGAAGCUUGGUGGUCCUGUUGAUGCUGGGGCUGAAUAUCAGAAAGACUUGAAUGAAGACAUACUCAAACUUCAGCGGCUAUAUGGAGGAGGAGAUCUGACCAAAUUUCCAGAAUUCAAAUUUGAAGAACCCAAAUUUGAAGAAUCUACAAAAUAACAGUUCCACUUGAUAUGAAACAGAAAUGCCAUCUAUCUCCUUCUGCUUGUUUGUUGCAAGAUCAUUAAUUGGUAACUUAAUAAACCAUUUUGAUGUUUAAUUUAAA